UCCGGAUUAUUUCGGCGGUCAGAAGAUCUGAGGGCACUAGUUGAAUUAGUUAGUUUGCAUUUUUCGAAUCAGUUUUCUUCGUAACAAAUGUUUAGUAGUUGUUGUUGUAAUCGGUUAAGAUAGUGCCGUAGUUAACUUACUAUUAAAAUUAAUACAGCCUCAGAAAAUAAAUAGGUCGUCCCUUGCUAAAGAGCCAAAUAACCAAAACUCGUGAGCGCCAUGGCUGCUGUUGACAGUUUUCAGCUAUUGUAUCGAGAAAUUGCUCGGUCAUGUAAUUGUUAUGUAGAAACACUGGCCUUAGUGGGCGCAUUUUAUACGGCUAGUAAAGCUGUAGUCUUUGUGCGGGAAUGUUACAGCUUGAUCAGGCUACACUUUAUACCGCGAUUGAUGUACAACAGGAAUCUUGUUCGCCGGUUUGGUGAAUGGGCUGUCAUCUAUGGUGCGUCAGAGACUGUUGCAAAAGCUUAUGCAGAAGAGCUGGCAACCCACGGCGUCAGCAUCAUCCUCAUCAGUCGAGACAGAAGUAGUGUGGAGGGCACUGCGAGGGCCAUCGCCGAUUCACACGGAGUUGAAACUGUUCUGGUUGAGGCAGAUUUUAGCCACGGCCACGCGGCCUGCAGAUCAGUCCAAGACGCACUGAUAAAUAAAGACGUAGGCUUUCUCGUGAACAGCGUUGACUCGUCUUUGGACUACUCGCAGAGGUUUGCCGACCUGUCUGAAGACAGGCUCUGGGACGCCAUCAACAGAAACGUCACGGCGGCCACGCUAAUGGCCCGCGUCGUUCUGCCCGGCAUGGCGGAGAGAGGAAGGGGGGCUGUCAUCAACAUCUCCUCUGGAAGGUGUUGUAAACCCACACUGAACAAGGCAGCCUUCUCCGCAUCCACGGCCUACCUGGACCACAUCAGCCGUGCCCUGCAUUAUGAGUACAGCCGCAGGGGCAUCUUCGUGCAGAGCCUGGUCCCCUUCGGCGUGGCUUCCCCGGAGACCGAGGACGGCGGCGCCAGGGCGGGGUGCAGCAGGUGGCUGGUGCCCCACCCACGAGUGUACGCCCGCCACGCCAUCUCCACCCUGGGCAUCUCCCACAGGACCACUGGGUACUGGCCCCACUCCUUGCAGUUUUGGUUUCUGCAGUACAUGCCUGAGUGGAUGUGGAUCUGGGGAACGCACAUGCUCAGUGGAACAGGUUGAACUGGUACACUCACUUCCUGUGUGCUGUUAUACUGACAGCCACUUAUACCUGACAACAACUCUAUGUCUUACUUUGGUGUGCUGACAUUUUUAAUAUAUGAAUUUAUGAAAAAUGAGCAAAAAGACACGAGUUUGAAUGUUGAAAGGUUGCACUGGGAGCCGGAAAGGGCUUUGCUUUGCUCAAGAUAUGUAGAGUGAUUUCUUGAAUUUAUUUAUUUUUACAGAAUUAUUUUGUGAGCACUUUCCAAUAACUUCUACCAUAUAUAAACCCAAAUCUAUAUUUGAUGCUGUAGUAUAAAUACCCAAUUUGCCAGUGGGAUGACUACGGCAUAUAGGUAAAUGUAGACUUCACAACUAUGGCUGAUUUCAGUCUAGCAAUGCACUUUGUCCUUAACUGUGAGACAUUUUUUGUGACAUGUUAAUAAUAACAUUUUUGAAAUUUGAUUUCAAUAACCACAAAAAUAUUUUGUAACUCCUGCUUAUGUAUUGAAAAAAUGUCAAGGGCAAAAUUAAGUUGUACUGAAUUUCAGCCUGAAUUCAAGAGUCUUGCAAACAGUUUUUGCAAAAUAUAUAUGAAGUGGCUUUUCCCCACUGUGUUAAGAUUGGUUUCUUUUUUGGAACAUUGUUUUAUCAUUCUAUAUAUUAUGAUUUCCUUAUAUUAAUAUAGGAAGAACAUUGUGUUACAAACAAAUUGUACUUAUUGUGAAAAUCUAAGGAGCUUUAUGACUUUGUCGGUGUGCUGAGGUUGUGCAAUCCUACAAAAUACAAUUGCUGAUAGUGAGCAGUGAAUAACUCUUUGUUACAUGUGUGGUAGUAAAGUGUGACUACUCUGUAUUACUGCUGCUAUGCCAGGUUAGGGUAGUAAUAACAUAUCAUGAUGUAAUGUGCACUAUACAUUAUGUAGACCACACACACUCUUGGGUUAUUUCAUGUCUUUGAUUCGAUCAUAACACAAGUAAACUCUUAAUAUACAAUAAAUAUCAACAAUAAAAUAACACUGGUGACUCGUU